CUCAAGCCUGGACUUGACUUUUGUCGGAUGUUUUCUUUUCUCAAAGAGUUGAACAUGUCCACAGUAACGCUGCUCCUAUCUUGUCUGCUUUACAGAGAAGUCCUUGCGCUGUCAGGAAACUUCUGGCACAUCACGGAUCUGCACUGGGAUCCGACUUACAAAUCGACCGCUAUUCCUGAACUUGUGUGUGCAUCAAGCGGCAAACGACCUGCAGCCAAUGCGGGGGAAUUUGGACACUAUGCUUGUGACUCGCCAUGGCACCUUAUAAACUCGUCUGUGUAUGCCAUGAAGGAUAUUCUACCAGACCCGGACUUCAUCGUAUGGACAGGAGAUGACACACCACAUGUACCCAAUGAGGAUCUGGGAGAAGAAGCAGUGCUCCACAUUAUCAGCAACCUUACCCACAUGAUACAUCAGGUGUUUCCAAACACUAAAGUGUACUCUGCCCUUGGCAACCAUGACUACCACCCUAAGAGCCAGCUUCCUGCAGGUCCAAGCUACAUCUAUGACAAAACAGCAGAAAUGUGGCGGGACUGGUUGGCUCCAGAGUCCCAAGAAACAUUUAAAAAAGGUGGAUAUUACACAGAAAAGCUGCUGAAUCGAACCGGUUUCAGGAUGCUGGUUCUCAACACUAAUCUCUACUAUGACCAGAACAAGCUGACCCAGGACAUAGAUGACCCAGCGGGUCAGUUUAGCUGGGCGGACCGGGUUCUUACAGAGGCCGGCAACAACAAAGAAAAGGUGUACAUCAUUGGCCACGUUCCCCCAGGUUCCUUUGAGAAGAAGAGAAAUAAGCCAUGGUUCACACGUAAAUUCAACCAGCAAUACUUGGAUUUAAUUCAAAAGCAUCAUUCAGUCAUAUUUGGACAGUUCUUUGGCCAUCAUCAUACUGACAGCUUCCGAAUGUUCUAUAACUCCAAGGACUCUCCUAUCAGCACAAUGUUCCUCAGCCCAGGUGUCACACCGUGGAAGACAACGCUUCCUGGAGUCGUGGACGGAGCCAACAACCCUGGGAUUCGUGUCUUUGAAUAUGACACCCAAACACUCCUGGUCAAAGAUAUAGUGACUUAUUAUCUAAACCUGACUCACGCUAAUGCAGCCCGCGCACGCUGGGAGAAGGAGUAUCGCCUCACAGAGAGCUUCAGAGUGCCAGACGCCUCCGCAGCCUCCAUGCAUCAGGUUCUGGAGCGCGUUUCUAAUGACCGUUGCUACCUACAGAAGUACUAUGAGUUCAACUCUGUUAGCUAUGACCUGACAGAGUGUGACAGUGACUGCCGCGUCGACCACGUGUGUGCAGCCAGAGAGGUAGACUUUGACAGGUAUGAACGCUGUCUGGAGAAAGAAGGGGCAGCUGCCAUUUAUGGUGGUUUGCUGUUGGUCCCCUCUGUGGCUGUAAGUCUGGUGUUGUCCAAUCGGUAAUGAUCAUCUAAAUCACAGAUGAUGUAAAAAAUUUAGUUAUGCACUAAUGUACUUCAGCAAGUUUAAAAAAAAACAACCUUUGGCUUCAGCAAUCUUUGUUGUGGCCUCUUUAUCUUGGUUUAUUGGCACUGGUUGAAUAUGUGAUUUCCAGUCAAUAGAUAAAAUGUGUGGUAUUCAUGUGGCUCAAAAGGCAUAAGUACAUACAAUUAACCUGUGUCAAAUGUUUCUUUACCCCUAAUCUUCCCUGUCUAAAUAUAUUUAAUAAAACCAGAAAUGGCUAAAA